AGAAGACAAAAGCAGGGCAAUGAUAUUGCGGGAUAACAACUUUUUGAGGGGCUCAUUUCGUACGUUCAGGGCAAAAUUUUUAAACGCUGAAACCUCGAAGAAAGCUCAAAGCAGAAGCAGAGACAAGAGAGAGAGAGUCACAGAGAUAUAGAUUCAGAUAAGCCACGGCAGAGUUCAACAGAGGAGACCUCCUUUCAGUCCAAUCCAUAACUUUCAAACUUCAAAUUUGCCCCCUCCCCUGUUCAUCGUUUCUCCUCCAAAAUGGAAUUCUGAAAAGCCUACUCCCUUUUCCCUGACCACUGUAGCUUCAAUCUCUGAAAAAUGCUGCCGAGAUUCAACGGCGUUGGGUGGACGGAAGGAGGAGGAGAAGAAGAAGACGCGGUUUCUUGGACGAGAAACGACGCCGGAGAGCACAAGGAGGACGACGAAGACGCCCCCGGAGGCAGUGUUGCACCUUCACUCUUCAGUUUCAAGUCCAUGCUCGAAGCAGACUGGUACGCGAACGACAAUACUAUGAACCCGUCUCACCAUGACCUCCAAACCCUCACGAAUCCCAACCACUGCGAAAUCAAAGACCCAAUUAGCUUCUCUUCGAACCCAAUUUCUGCAGCAGACCAUAGUCUGCUGCUACAGCCGUUAAUGGACUCUUCUUCCUCCUGUGAACAGUCUUACGACCCGUCACUGUCGCAGCCCUCCUUUCCUUUCAAAUCGUGCUUCCCCUCGCUUCUCAACGUUGUCUGCAGUAACAGUUUUGAGAAUGCCUUCGAUUUGGGAUUUCUUGCGCCACUACAGGGUAAUAUUAAUAAUCAACCCCUUUUGAAUUCCUCUGUUUUGGUUGGUUUUUCCGGACAAGGUCAGAUGGGGAAUCCCGAAAUGGGUUCCACAUCGGAGUUUCAGGCCGUCGGUAUGCCGCCUUUUCCCGGCGGCGUCGGAGCAUCGGGCCUUGGGGGGUUUGCUCCGGCGAGUUUUGAGGAUGUGGAGGGUUCAGGGGGUUCUGUGUUUCUCAACAGGUCUAAAGUUUUGAGGCCUCUUGAGGUUUAUCCUCCGGUUGGGGCACAGCCCACGCUCUUUCAAAAGCGAUUGGCUCUUCGGCAGAGCUCAAGUUCUGGUGAGAAAUUGGGGAAUUUCGGGUUUUCGAGUCCCAGAGACGGCGAAGUUUCGACGAGGGCUGAUGGUAGAUGGGGAAAGAGAGAUGUGGAGGAAGAAGAAUUGGGGAAGAAGAGGAAGAUGAAUGAAGAAAGUGAGCUGAUGGAGGAUGCGAGCUAUGAUGUUUCGGGUUUGAAUUAUGAUUCUGAGGAAUUUAAUGAGAAUGAUAAUAAGAUGGAGGAGAUGGAAAAGAAUGGCGGGAGCAAUUCGAAUGCGAAUAGCACUGUUACAUGCGGUGAUCGGAAGGGGAAGAGAAAGGGACUUCCGGCGAAGAAUCUGAUGGCGGAGAGGCGGCGAAGGAAGAAAUUGAAUGAUAGGCUCUACAUGCUUCGGUCUGUUGUCCCCAAGAUUAGCAAGAUGGACAGAGCUUCGAUACUCGGGGAUGCGAUUGAAUAUUUGAAGGAGCUUCUUCAGAGGAUCGCUGAUCUCAAUAACGAGCUUGAUUUGACUCCGCCAGGCUCUUUGCAGCCCCCAAAUACCGGUUUCCACCCUUUGACACCCACCCCUCCUCAGCUGCCGUACCGGGUUAAAGAAGAACUGUGCCCGAGUUCAUUGCCAAGCCCCAAAAACCAACCUGCAAGGGUGGAGGUACGGGUAAGAGAAGGGAAAUCUGUUAAUAUCCACAUGUUUUGUGCCCGUAGACCAGGUCUGUUGCUUUCCACAAUGAGGGCUCUGGAUAACCUUGGGCUGGACAUACAGCAAGCUGUCGUAAGUUGUUUGAAUGGAUUUGCUUUGGAUGUAUUCCGAGCAGAGCAAUGCAGGGAAGGCCAGGACGUCCUCCCGGAGCAGAUCAAAGCAGUACUUCUCGAUUCUGUGGGCAUCCACGGGAUAAUUUAGUGCACUUCGACAACAAGAGAUGGAGAGGUUAGGAAGCAGCUAGUUAGGAAGUAUUUUACCCUCUGCAAUUUGUAAAUGCAACUGGAUCAGUUCUGCCGGUGGAUCGGUGGUCGACGUUUGAUGGGAUUUCUAGGUUUAGUUUAAACUAUCUCAUGUAAUCUGUUAUUGAUGAAGCAAUGUUGCCUUGACAAAUUUCAGUCUUCGAAUAAAUAUCCAUUUUGAUUUGCUCCC